AUGCUGGUCCUUGUUAUUGGUGAUUUUCACAUACCACAUCGAAGUCAUAACAUACCAGCAAGAUUUCGUAAAUUACUGGUACCAAACAAAAUGCAACAUGUUUUGUGUACCGGUAAUUUAUGCACACGUGAAACAUUUGAUUACCUAAAAUCUUUGGCGUCUGAUGUGCAUGUAGCUCGUGGUGAUUUCGACGAUGUUUUAACGAAUUACCCAGAUACUAAAGUUAUUACAGUUGGACAGUUCCGAAUUGGCUUAUGUCACGGUCAUCAAAUUGUGCCCUGGGGCGACAAGAAGAGGUUAGAAAUGUUAGCACGACAAAUGGAUGUAGAUGUUCUGAUAACUGGCCAUACGCAUGAAUGUCAAACUUUCCAACAUGAGGGACGAUUUUAUGUGAAUCCUGGCUCUGCAACUGGAGCUUUCUCACCCAUACAAAGUGAUGUCAUACCGUCAUUUGCAUUACUGGACGUCCAAAUGGGAACGCUGAUUACAUAUCUUUAUCGAUUAGUUGACGACCAAGUAAAAGUGGAACGUGUUCAUUUUUCGAAGUCUACAACUGAUUGA